AUGGCUAGAAAAGUUGUAGUGGAGAAAGGAGUUCAUGACUAUAGAAGGAAAGAGGUUGAUGGCCAAAGUUUUGUAAGAGAAGGGGAAACGGCACGGCAACCAGAGAAUGCCCUAGUAGGCGGUUCACCAACUUCAUGGACGAUAUUGGAGUGGGUCCCAAGUUGGUGGACCCAAUACGACCUACUUGCCUUAUAUACAAUGUCUGUAGGCCCCAGCACUAGAAUUCAACCGCAAAGGUCCGUUGAUGGUGGGCCUGGUGGAAUUCCAUAUAUUUUUGUAAGCUUUAGAGCUUUAGGGCAGAAAAAAGUUGAUUGA